GAUGUCUGGAUCAUGUGAUUUUCAGUCUAUAGAUCAAUACUACAAAACAAUUUUAAUGUUUAAAUGUUCAAUAUGUGGUGAGGAAACAACAAGCAAAGAGUCAAUUCGAAGUCAUCUUCGUAGUACUCAUUCUGAUCUCUCAAAAGACUUGCCAUUGACUGAAGAUGAAAGGCUGGACGAAACUUCACUAUCAAAAAAGGAUGAAAUAAUUACAUAUUCUAAGAGUGAAAGACUCUUGGAGAAAUUAGAUACAGCCAUUAGAAAACUUGAUGGUAGUCUACGGCAAGGAUACGAAAAUGCAAAAAGAAAAUCUUUUUCAAGUAUUGAUGUCGAAUUACCUAAUAUUGAUAUAAUGGAAUAUGAAUGUGCUAAUGGUGAAAAUUAUAUGCUUGUCAAAGAAGAAGAACUUCAAGAGAAUGAUCUAAAAAAAGACAAAGAAUUUCUCAGUACCAGUCCUCGAUUAAACGAAAUUAAAGAACAGAAUAACCUUCAAAUCAACGAAAUAAUUGUCAGCAAAUCCAGUGGUAAACCGAUUAAAAUAAUAUCCGAUACAAAGAAAAAAUUUCCUAGAUUUGAGUGUGGUUCCUGUAUGGCAGCGUUUUUCACAAAAACAUCUUUAGAUAAACAUAAAGCCAGUAUUCAUAAGACUUUCGCACCUUUAAAAUGUGAUUUAUGCUCAAAACAGUUUAGGUCAUUAGCCGGAUUGAAGAAGCAUAAAAAGUUCUUUCAUGAUGGUAUGAACAAAGAACAUCAAUGUGAAAUAUGUAAAAAAUGGUUUCAUCAUCGUUACGCUGUAAAUUUUCAUAUUCGUACUCAUCAUCAAGGUGUGAAAAAAGCUCAAUGCCAUCUAUGCGGCUUAAAACUUACAACAAACGCUGGCUUAAAGAAUCAUAUAGCUGCCUUACAUGAAAAAAAAGAAGAGUUUGAAUGCACCGAAUGUGGAAAGAGAUUUAAUAUAAUGGGAUCUUUAAAGAGACAUUUGAAAACAAUUCACGAUCCACUUUCCAGAUACCCUUGUGACUUGUGUAACAAAACAUUCAGUAGUUCGGGGAAGUUACUUGAUCAUAAAAGAAUUCACACCAAUGAUAAACCUUAUAUUUGUUUGGUUUGCAAGAAUGAAUAUAAAACCGCAAUGAUAUUGAAAACUCAUUUAAAUUCCCAUUUGAAACGAGGAGACAUAAAUACAAUCAAUGAGUUCUACUUAAACGCUUUAAAGAUGGUUAAGGAACGAAAGGGACAGACCGACAGAGAGAAUAUUUACAUUGAAAAAUAUAUAACUAUUUAA